AUGUCCGCCCGCAGCUCUAAUACACUCGCUGAGAACAAACCCCAGAAUCAAUGGCACCACGCUGAUGUGCCCCAAGACGUUGGACGAGACAGCUCGAAUCGUAGGGUCGCCGAUGCUCCGAUCCAGGCAUUUGGAAGAGAUGACACAAAGCGCGAUCAAUAUCAGGUUACUUUGGACGCAAGCGAAGAUCCGAAGGCCAUGUCGACGUGCAGAAAGUGGGUUAUAGUGCUUGUUAUUAGCUCAGCAGCCCUUUGCGCGACAUUUGCGUCGUCAAUAGCUGCCUUCACGGAAGAAGGGCUUGUGGAGGAUCUGCAUACUGUACACGAGGUGGCCAUCCUAAGCGUCAGUCUAUUUGUCUUGGGAUUAGGACUAGGGCCACUCCUUGUGGGGCCAUUAUCCGAAGUCUAUGGUCGUAAUAGCAUCUAUCGUGCCUCUUAUUUCUUCUUCUGGGUUUUCACGUGGCCAGUCGCAUUUCCUCCUGAUAUUGCCACAUUCCUUGUAUUUCGUUUUAUUAGUGGGUUCUGCAGCUCUGCGUUUUUGAGCGUUGCUGGAGGGAGCGUGAGUGAUUUGUUCACGAACGAUCAAGUUGGCUCACCUAUGGGAGUUUACACGAUGUCGCCAUUCCUCGGACCGGCUCUGGGACCUCUAAUAGCUGGCUUCAUUUGCCAAAACACCGAUUGGCGUUGGACGUUUCGACUGCUCCUUAUCAUGCAGUUUGUUCUAAUCAUCAUGCUGUUGUUGUUUGUACCUGAGACAUAUAUCCCUGUGGUUCUCAAGAGAAAAGCCGCAGCAUUGCGCCGAAGCACAGGAAACGAUCGAUAUUGGGCUCCUCUUGACCGAAGGGAAGGAAGUCUGGGACAUGCGAUUUUGCUAAGCUGUUACACUCCUUUUCAGUUAAUUAUAUUCGACCGAAUGGCCCUCCUACUGGACAUGUGGAAUGCGCUCGUACUGGGAAUCUUGUAUCUUACGUUCCAAGCAUACCCAAUCAUUUAUGAGGACGUACAUGGUUUCAAUAUGCAAGACACAGGCAUGGCUUUCCUCGGGCUUGGGAUUGGGAUACUAGCUGCCUUGGCAACUCAGCCGCUCUGGAAUCGGUUCAACCGAAAGCAAGCCGAAAAAUUCACCGGCACGCCGCCUCCAGAAUCAUGUCUCAUCAUGGGUCAGGUCGGGGGUGUCAUGGUGUCAGUCAGCUUGUUCUGGCUCGCAUUCACCACAUACAAGGCCGUUCCGUGGAUCGUGCCCAUCAUCGCCUCAGUGCCGUUUGGCUGGGGGGUGUACUAUAUCUAUACGUCAACGUUCACGUAUCUGAUUGUCGCGUAUCGACCGGUGGCAGCCUCUGCGAUGGCGGGAAAUACGGCUAUGAGGUGUUCGUUCGCUGCAGCGUUCCCGUUGUUCGCAGGGCAGAUGUAUGAUACCCUGGGCACUGUGGGCGCUACUGCCCUUCUGGCGGGAUUGAUGACGCUUAUGAUGCCACUGCCUACCACGCCUCGCACAAGUAUCGAGACACUACCUGCGGCGAAUGCGGAAAAACAUGGUUAUGGAGAGAGCCCGGUGCUCCUUCCAGGUCCGAAAUCACAGUCCAAGGACGAAGAGGCUGGGAACCCGUCUCCCUUCCCAACUAUUAUCCCUACCAGACUCGAUGAAUAUCAAGUCACCCUGGACCCGAACGAAGAUCCACAGAAUAUUUCAACGUUCAGAAAGUGGGUCAUAGUACUCAUCAUUGCUUCCGCCGCGUUGUGCACGAGUUUUGCUUCCUCCGCUGCAGCGUUCACAGAGGAGGGUGUGGCGAAAGACCUGCAUACAGUACAUGAAGUCUCCAUAUUGAGUAUCAGUCUCUCGAUCGAAGGCCUCGGACUAGGGCCGCUCAUAGUCGCACCCCUAUCUGAGAUAUACGGGAGGAACGUGGUCUACCGCGUUUCGUACUUUUUGUUUUGGGUGCUCACCUGGCCGACUGCCUUCCCGCCUGAUAUUGCUACGUUCCUUGUUUUUCGCUUCAUCACUGGUUUCUGUGGAUCAGCUUUCCUCAGCGUUGCUGGUGGAAGUAUCAGUGAUCUGUUCACGAACAGCACCGUUGCUUUACCCAUGGCAGUAUAUGCUAUGUCCCCUUUCCUUGGUCCAGUGCUAGGCCCUCUAAUUUCCGGAUUUAUCUGUCAAAAUGUUGACUGGCGAUGGGUUUAUCGUGUCCUCCUUAUAUGGCAAUUCGUUAUGCUUGUUCUGCUAGUCUUUCUCGUACCCGAGACUUAUGCACCUGUACUUGAGAGGCGGAAGGCAGAAAGGCGAGUGCUUUGGUAG